AUGUUCCGCGCAGCAACGUCGAGUCCGUUUGACGAAGUAGUCGCCAAGGCGACGGAUGAGAACCUCACAUCCGAGGACUGGGGCGCCAUCAUAGAGGUGUGCGACAAGGUGUCGGGAGACGAGAAUGGACCGAAGGAGGCUGUCCAGAGCCUGAUCAAGCGACUCGCUCAUCGCAAUGCCAACGUGCAACUGUACACUUUGGAGCUCGCCCACGCGCUGUGUCAAAACUGCGGCAAGCCAGUGCACAGAGAAGUUUCCAGUCGCGCGUUCACAGAAGCGCUGCUCAAAUUAGCCAACGACCGCAACACGCACGCACAAGUCAAGGCCAAGAUCCUCGAGAAGAUGCAGGACUGGAGUGACAUGUUCAGCAAAGACCCUGAACUCGGCAUCAUGUACGACGCCUACCACAGGCUGAAGCAGAGCAACCCGACGCUGCAACCCCCUAGCGCACCGCAGAAGCAAGGCCUGACGCAGUCUGACCGACAGAAGGAGGAGGACGAGCUGCAGAUGGCUCUCAAACUGAGUCUGCAGGAAGAAGAGCGCAAGAAGUCGGCGCCUACCGGUGCCGGCUCCCAGGCUGCAGGCCCAGGCCGGGCAGCAGAGUCGACAGCCGUGCCGGUGGUGCCUGCCGGUACGACUGCCGCCACCGUGAGCAGGGUGCGUGCCCUCUACGACUUUACGCCGACCGAGACGGGUGAGCUCGAGUUCAAAAAGGGGGAUGUCAUUGCCGUUCUCGAAAGCGUCUACAAGGAUUGGUGGCGUGGCUCGUUGAAAGGCAAGACAGGCAUCUUUCCGCUCAAUUACGUCGAGAAACUUUCGGACCCGACGCCGGACGAGCUGCAGCGCGAGGCCCAGAUGGAGGCCGAGGUCUUUGCCGAGAUCAAGAACGUGGAGAAGCUGCUGACGUUGCUGAGCGCAUCCAACACGGGGCCGCGAGAGGAGGACAACGAGGAGAUUUCGAAACUGUACCACCAAACGCUCGCCAUUCGGCCCAAGCUGAUCAAGCUGAUCGAAAAGUACUCGCAGAAGAAGGAUGACUUUACGCAGCUGAAUGAAAAGUUCAUCAAGGCUCGCAGGGACUACGAGGCGUUGCUCGAAUCAUCCAUGUCGCAUCCACCGCAACAUAACUACCAUCAGUACGCGAUGAGGCCAGCACCGCCAGGCCAUGGUUACCCUUCGAGCGGCAGCUACUCUUCUCAGGGGCAGCCGCCCCAAGACGGGCAAUACUUCAGCCAAGGGCGCCCAACAGACCACCAGCACCACCAGGCACCAUACCAGACCUCCUCACCACCACCCAACUUUCCAGCUCAGGGUACGUCGGCACCUUUCUACGUCGCCGGCUCGGAAAUUCCACCUCAGCCUCAGGGUGGCCCUCAGCAGUACCCUCCUCGAGAUCAGUCCCCUGCUCGAGCGGGCUCGCAUAGCAAGCAGCAAACGUCACCUCCGCCGCAGGCGUUCAACCCGCAGUCGGCCGCUCAUGCGCCGUCAAAUCCAUACGCCCAACCUCCUCCCGGUCAGCAGCGACCGCACAGCACAUAUGGUGCCCAGGAACUGGCCACCUCUGUGUAUGACUCGCCCAUGGCGCCGCACAACCCUGCCAUGUCUUCGCAACAGGAGGCGAACAGUCAAGCGGCAAGCGGUCCCACCGCACCAUACGCCAAGCCGCCGCAGCAGUACCAAAGCUAUAACCCUCCGGAACAGCCCCCCCCACUGGUUCCCGCAGGACAGUCUCAGGCUCACAAUCCGCCCCUGUCGUCUCCGACGUCGCAAAGCCACGGCGCCGUGUACGGUUCGCAUCAUGCGCCGCCAGGUCCGAAUGCGGGUGGCGAGCAGAUCCAGUACAAGCCGUACACACCAGCGGCUGAGGGCCCCACAGCACCGAAUCCGAAUGACUACUAUCGCUAG